AACUUUGUAAGGUGAGGGGCUAAAUGUUGGUUUUUGCCGUCCGCUCUCCCCUCUCCUCCCUGGACCUCGCUGUUCUGUUUCUGCUCUAACCGUCUGGUGGAAGGGCCGCAUGGUGGAGGUUGCUAUAGUCGCCGACCAGCUAGGUAAGGGCGUCGAUAUGAGUAUCCUUCGUUGGCCGGAUGUUUCCUUGACGCUUUUAAGCCCCGGGCUGCAGCCUAGAGGACAGAUCUGGAGUUCAGGCUCAAAUAGAAAAACAGUGGUCUGUUUCCUACUGCUUCGAAGCGCCAAUCGGUGUUCGUAGGUUCCUGUGGGGAGAGUGGCCACUAUGGCAUGUUCUGGAUCGUGCCUGUUGGGGAAUGACGAUGUCGACGACUAUAUGUUUGGAGGGAAUUGAUAUUAUCAUUGAUAACUUGUCAAUGUUGGUAGCUUGAAGAAAAACAUUGUUUAACUGCUGGAAAAUGAAGGAGAGGGAUCAUUGCCAUGGGACAAGCACAGUGGUGUUUUUGAUCUGACAGAGAAUGACAAUUGAACAUUCUGACUGAAUUAUUGUGAGUAGGUGUGGUUUUAUAUAUAUAUAUUUGGUUUUCUGGCACUUUGUAAAUUGUUAAUGAAUACGUUUCUUCUAAUAUAGCUUGAUGUCUUCC